AGGAAGCUGGUUAAGGAUAUGGGCGUCAGCAGAUGUACGAUGAUCCCAAUACAGUGGGCGCCAAGAUUAUUCAAAUUCUGGAGAAGAUUCUAAGUAAAAAAAAUAUAUCGAAAGUCGAUAUUUUAAGGCUGCGAUAUAUGAGAGGACAAAAGUAUCGCACUCAAUAUGUAAUCAAAAUUGUCUUUCAUUUUUUGAAUAUUUUAAGAAUUUAGAUUUUACUUUAAAAAUCAUUGGUUUUAAUUAGUGGUUUUAAUAUUUCGAAAUAAAUGUAGUGUAUUUAUUUAUUUUGAAAUAUAUGUAUUAUAGUCAAUUUUCUUACCAACUUACCGAUUUCACAGGUUGCCUUGGCAACGGAGCUCACAAAUUUUUCACAACAUUCAAUUGACAAGUGUCAAGGAGCAGGUGUGCCAACGCUGACUCGGAUUAAUUUGUUAAUACAACGAAGAUGAGAUUCAUUCCGCUGCAUACGACCAACACGGCGAUUGUGUACAAGAACUCGCUGUGCUCCUUUGCUCGCUUUAGUCUGGCCUUCAUAGCCCUGUCCGUGAUGAUACCCGUCUUGCUGGUCUCUCUGCUGAGUCCGUACUCGGGAAUCUCGGAAUCGAGGGUUCUGUACGAGCAGCCCAAUGUGGAGUUCAGUUAUCAGUACAUAUUCGUGGGCACAACGGAGAAGGAUGGUGAGCAGGAAUUGGCGGUGGCAUGCAGCAGCUUCAGUGAGUUGAAUGCACUAAUGGGCGGCUAUACCAAUAGCUGCAGUGCCACCAGAUAUUGGACCGAAGAUGUGGACUAUGCGGUGACGGAUCGGGCGCAUUUCCAACUGGAGCUACAGGAUCUGCCCGCUCUGGUUAGCUUCAAUUUGAUGGUCUUCUUUGAGGCUCAGCUGCAGCACAAGUGUGAUUUGUCGCCGCCCUCGGUGCUGGCCCAUCAGCUGCAGAUACCGCUGGCCGCUCGCCUCAACAACGGGCGCAUCCAGCUGAAGGGAGAGUUGCAGUUGAAGCAAUACGUAGAGUUCACUUGCCCCUUUCCGGGUCGCAACAUCAAGACGCAGUUUCGACAGGUGCAUGUGGACACGAAUGCUAGCGCCGCUGACAUUGGACAGUACAAAAUGGAAUCGCUGCUUGCUCAGGUUAAGGCAAAUCCUGCCUAUUUUCAGCUGUCGGUGCAGGAGACUUACUACAGGCCAACUCCACCACGUUUGGAGCCCGGCCUUGUCGUCGAACUGGAACUGGAUGUGCUUCAAGUGCCCGCUCGCUAUCAUCUUAGCAUUUGGGAGCGUCUCGGGCAGUUCUGGUUAUACUUUGCCUCCUUCUUUGGCAUCUCGUUUUACAUCAUGAACAAGCUAAAGGACUUUCUCUUCGGUCGCCACAUCCUGCGCUCUUGGGAGAUCAUACCCUGGAAGAAGCUCUACUGACACGAAUCGGGUGCCAUCCUGGAGAUGGACAAUUUCUCAAUUGGCGAGUGA